AUGGCGUCGGGGCUUUUCUUUGACCCAAUGAAACUCCUGCGCAUCGCCCCCCUAGUCACUACCACUUCCUCGCUCAUGUACGCCUGGGACGAGCACUGGUUCCUCUCCGGCUUCCUGCGUCCCGAGUACAAACAUCACAGUGAGGCAAUGCUGCCGCGUUAUUUCCGCCGAUUCUUCGAGCAAGGCAUCUGGAUCAUCGCCAGCCUCAACACCCUCACUCUGAGUUCCUCCGUCGCCAACCUGCUCAUCGACCGGCCCGCGCUAGACCGGCUCCGAUCCAGCCGGUGGUACUGGGCCGGACUGGGUUUCACGGUGUGUCAUUUUCUGUUCGUGCCCCUGAUCGCGUAUCCCAUCCGGGAUAUUAUGGAGGAUCGGUCCAAGGGGCAAAGCACCAAGGACUUGAAGCGCUGGAUCGAUAUCCACCGGAUUCGCGUGCUGGUGGCUGACCUGCCCGGCUGGAUGAGUUUCUUUGCGGCUGUGUUGUCGACUUUUCAAUUGUGA